AUGGGCCAGUUGGAAGAAAGGCCGUUCCUACAGCCAUUAAAUUUGAGAUUUGGGGGGAAGGAAUUAGAUCAUCAAUUUUUAUAUAUGCCCAAUUGCCCUAAGUCACUAUUUGGGAGGGAUUUGCUAUCUCUUUUGAACAUGAAAAUUCUGUUUGAAGAUGGAAGAGUUAAAGUAGAAGUUCCUGAAGAAGAAAUAGCCAAAUUAUUCGUGAUUAGAGAAGUUGAACCCACCCCUAUCCCUGAGGAGGUAGAACAGGCUGUGGUACCAUGGGUAUGGGAAACGGGAGUCCCGGGGAAGUCUAAAGCUGCUCAACCAGUAAUAGUAGAGUUAAAAGAAGGGGUACAACCUGUAAGGAUAAAACAGUAUCCUAUUAAACUUGAAGCCAAAGAAGGGGUUGCUCCUCUCAUAGCACAAUUUCUAACACAAGGAAUACUGGAAGAAUGUGAAUCAGAAUACAACACCCCCAUUUUUCCCGUAAAGAAACCUAAUGGUAAGUAUAGAUUGGUACAGGAUUUACGGGCAAUUAAUAACAUUGUUAAGGAUAUUCACCCAGUGGUUGCAAAUCCAUAUACUUUGUUAACAUCUGUGUCUGAAAAGUUUAAAUGGUUUACUGUAAUUGAUUUGAAGGAUGCAUUCUUCUGCAUUCCCCUGGCAUUGCAAAGUAGGAAAUAUUUCGCCUUCGAAUGGGAAAGCCCAGACACCGGUCGCAAGAAGCAACUCACCUGGACGAGAUUACCCCAAGGCUACAAGAACAGUCCGACGAUAUUUGGGAAUCAGUUGGCAAAAGAAUUGGAAGAAUGGAAGAUGACUGAGGUAAGAGACUCGCCGUUCUCAUACGUGAUUUUACAGUAUGUCGAUGAUAUCUUUCUAGCCACAGAAGAGAAAGAACUGUGUUUAAAACUCACCAUAGCAUUGCUGAAUAUGCUGGGCCAGGCUGGAUAUCGAGUAUCAAAAGAAAAAGCACAGCUGAUAAAGGAAAGUGUGAUUUACCUGGGUUGUGAAAUCAUUCAGGGUCAGAGACGGUUGGGAAUCAACCGAGUGGAGGCCAUUUGUGCCAUCCCGCUCCCGAGAAGUCACCAAGAAUUAAGAUCUUUCUUGGGGAUGGUAGGAUGGUGUCGAUUGUGGAUUCCAAAUUUCGGGUUACUAGCGAAACCAUUGUAUGAGGCCCUGAAGGAACCACAGCUGAACUGGGACAGGUCAAGGAAGAAUGCUUUCCAAAACUUAAAACAAGCCCUGAAGGAGGCCCCGGCUUUAGGGCUCCCGGAUUUGAGCAAGGACUUUCAGUUGUAUGUAAAUGAAAGACAAAAGCUGGCUCUGGGAGUACUAACCCAACGGAUUGGGUCAUGGAAACGCCCGGUGGGAUACUUCUCGAAGCAGCUGGACACUGUCAGUGCUGGUUGGCCGUCAUGCUUGCGGGCAGUUACGGCCACGGUGAUCCUCAUUCAAGAAGCCAGAAAAUUGACGAUGGGCAAGAAAAUGGAGGUAUUUGUACCCCAUAUGGUACUGGCUGUUUUGGAACAAAAGGGGGGUCACUGGUUAUCAUCUAGCCGAAUGCUGCAGUACCAAGCAAUAUUGAGAGAGCAGGAUGAUGUAGAAUUGAAAAUAACUAAUCAUAUUAAUCCAGCAGAAUUUCUCCGCAGUGAACAGGAGGAGGGAGAAUUGGCGCAUGAUUGUGUGGAGGUCAUCGAGCAGGUAUACGCUAGUCGGAUAGAUCUUAAAGACACACCGAUGGAAGAUCCAGACUGGGAACUGUUCACGGACGGAUCAAGUUACGUGGAAAAUGGUACCAGGUAUGCAGGGUAUGCCGUGGUGACUGUUCAUACGAUUGUAGAGGCAAAAGCUUUACCUCCUGGUACCUCAGCCCAGAGGGCAGAAAUAAUUGGGCUUACACGAGCCCUAGUCCUCAGUACUGGAACAAAAGUAAAUAUUUGGACUGACUCUAAAUAUGCCUUCGGGGUAAUCCAUGUACAUGGGGCAUUGUGGAAGGAGAGAGGACUACUCAGUUCACAGGGAACAUCUAUCAAGUACAAAGAAGAAAUCUUAGCUUUGCUGGAAGCAGUACACAGACCGAAAAAGGUUGCGGUAAUGCAUGUGAGAGGACAUCGAAAGGAGGAAGGAAAAAUUUACCAAGGAAAUGAUUUGGCUGAUGUGACAGCUCGAAAGGUGGCUCGAGAGGUAUGGACUCAGAUGGCAUUAAUACCAGUCAAGGUAAGCCCAGUAAAUCCCUACCUAAACCAGGCACCUAAAUAUUCAAUAGACGAUGAGAAGUUGGCAAUGUUAUUGAAUGCACAAAAGAACAUGACUGGAUGGUAUGUAACAACAACGGGACAGGUCGUGGUACCAGCAAAAAUAAUGAAAGUCAUUUUGGAAACAGAACAUAACAAAUGCCAUUGGGGUGCAGAGAUGCUCGUAAAAUUCUUAAGGAGAGAAAUAGUUUCAAACCAGAUGUUAACACUUGCAAAACGGGUGAAUGCAAUGUGCCCAGUCUGUUUGAAAAAUAACCCAAUUGUCAGGAAACAAAUUCAACUAGGGAAACUGCAGGUAGGACCGGAACCGGGAGACUAUUGGCAAGUAGAUUUUUCUGAGUUACCAAAAGCACAAAAUUUCAAGUACAUGAUAGUGUAUGUCUGUACCUUUUCAGGAUGGCCAGAAGCUUACCCCUGUAGGACAAAUCAGGCUAAGGAAGUGGUUAGGACACUGCUUAAAGAAAUCAUUCCCAGGUUCGGGGUACCUCUAGGGUUGUCGUCGGAUAGAGGUCCACAUUUUAUAGCUGGGAUUGUGCAAACAGUAGCUAGGAUGUUGGACAUAUCUUGGGACUUGCAUACACCUUGGCGACCUCAAUCAAGUGGUCAGGUUGAAAGAAUGAAUCAAACACUGAAAGGGCAAAUCAAGAAAAUUUGCCAGGAAGCUAAAAUGCAAUGGCCGCAAGCAUUACCGUUAGCUUUAUUGCGAAUCAGGAUAAAGCCCAGGGAGAGGUUGGGGGUAAGUCCUUAUGAGAUUCUAUAUGGGAAACCUUAUCAUGCUACCGUACUAAAGGGAGAUCUACAUGUACAAGGGGACCAAGUGAUAUUUAAUUAUGUAAUGUCACUAAACAGAACUCUCAACAGCCUACGGGGAGCCCUGCAGUGGAACCGACCCCUACCACUGGAGAAUCCAGUCCAUGACAUCCAACCUGGCGACCGAGUGUAUGUGAAAAAUUGGUUCACGGAUCCACUGAAGGAAACAUGGGAUGGCCCCUACCAAGUGAUCCUGACGACCUACACAGCAAUAAAGGUGGCGGGAAUCGACACCUGGAUCCACUACACUCGAGUCAAGAAAAUUCCAACACAAUGGGAGACUCAGAUGGUCUCCCCGACGCGAAUGAUAUUUCGCGCAAAGCCGCAUUCUUAAUCAUUCUGUUACUGGUGAUGAUGAAAUUGAUACCUACUCAAGGUUUUGUGGUUGUCACUGUUUCAGAACCUGUUGUUGGAAUCAUGGAAGGGAUGGAUGUGAAUUUGACCUGUGUUAUUACCAAUGACCAGAAAGCUGAAGCCCGAGAUUUACGAGUAUUCUGGAAACAAGGAGCUGGGUACCCCAAGGCAAGUUUUACUACUAUUUGGGAUAGGGAUGCACAAAAAGGGAAUACCACACUACAAUUGAAGCAAGUAACUGGAGAAGAUAUGGAGGUUUAUAUGUGUAUAGUGCAAAUUAGACGUAGUUUUGACUAUAAGAAAAUUAAAUUGAGGGUGGUAUCUUGGAGAUUACGGGAAGGAACUAUUUCUCAGGAAUCAGUGUCAGUCAGGCCAACAUCCGCUAUCCAAGACAUGUGGGACGGUCCCCCGUUAAAGCUUAAUUGCCCAUUCACUCUAACAGAGGCAUGCAAACAAGAAGUGAAAGUUAAGUGGUGGAAAGAACAACAACAAAUGUGGGAACGAAUUGACCAGGGAGUGAGUUGGUGGAAAUUAUGGGACAAAGGAAUUGGGUGGCUAAAUAUCUCAGAUCCUAAACAAGGCAUAGACGAAGGGCGGUAUCUGUGUCUAGUUACAUGUGGAAUAGAUGCAGACUAUGGCAUUCGAUCAUCAAUAGCUAGGGCACAUUUGGGGGAAAGGAUCAAGGCAACACAUGGAAUUUUUCGAGCAGUGCAAGGCAUGGCAGUUAUCUUAGUCUGUAAGGUAGAGAAAGAUGUACAGUUUAUCGAAUAUGGAUGGUGGUUUGGGGGAAACAAUAUUCGGGACAAAGAAGGGAAAUAUCGCAAGGAGAAACGAUCAGAUCAAACUAUAGUCCUUAUAAUUAGGGACGUACAGCCGGAGGACGAGGGAUAUUAUUGGUGCUGGAUUAGCAAAGACUCCUGGUGGGGACAUUCAAGAACGAUAGUCUCACUAACUCGAGGGAAACCGAGAAGAGUAAGAGAAAUUAAUAUUACCACUCAAAAUGAGCAAAAACAAGAGAACCUGAUAGUGGGACUGAUCAGAGAUUUUGGUACAGUACAAAAUGUCUCACAAAUUACGGCAUGCCUGCCACUCCCCCAGGCCGCUGGAGAGCCUAUCCAAUGGGGAGUGGUUCCGGUCCCAAUGCCCCCAACAAUACAAGAAAACAUUACGGUCAUGUGUCAGGUAGAAAACGUAGAGAAGGAGGUAGUAGAAAUUAAGGAAGGUUAUUCCCCUUUGUGGAAAUAUUCGUCAAUCUGGGAUUGUCGGGAAAAAGGAGGCAGAUACGAACCAAAACCUGGACUGUAUGGAGGAUUAGGAAAUUAUGGUUGGUGUUUUGAGAAACAAGAACAACAAAUUAAGAAAAAACAAUUAUCUCGAGAAAUACGGUGUCAAAAUAUGACACAAGAACAACCCUUAUGGGACCACUGGGAAGCUAUAUGGGGUCCAAGUUUACUGGAACACUAUAGUUAUAUCGGGCCUGUUGAUUGGUGUGUACAGUGGACAGGAAGUAAAAACCAAUCACAUGCAGAAGUAUCAGAGAUAAAUACCUCUACUAGGGAGAAGGUGAUAGCGAAAGAAAACUGGAAUUGUACAGAAGUUUAUACAUGCGAUACUCCAGGGGAUCAAAUUAGCCUAGUGCCAGUAAGGGUCCUUUUGAAAUGGGGAUGUGAAUGUAGGAAAUACAAUCACACAAUACCCGGCAAACCCCUUAUGAACGGAUUUUAUGGAAGGGUCUCCUGUAGGACGACUACACUCAGAAGUCCGGGAAAUUUAGUAUGGGUAAUGGGACAUGGACAAUGGACUACUCAUCUCCCUUUGGACGGACCAGUGACACAAGUAACUUUAGGGGUGCCAACGUUAUGCCCUUUGUGGAAACAGUCUAAGUUAAAAGCAUCAGGGACUAGGAAAAAGAGAGAAAUUGAUGAUUUGAAUUUGUUAGGAGAUGAAGACCAAUGGCAUGAACCAGACAGCGGAGUGAAAUUUGGAUGGGCACUAGAAUCAUUAUUUGCACCAGUAGCCACAUAUAGAAACAGGGAAAUGUUGUUUAAGUUACUGGGACAAACAGAGAGAUUGGCAUUAGCAACUAGGAGAGGAUUCAAAGAUUUGAACCUACAAUUGCAGGCUACUUCUCGUAUGACACUCCAAAAUAGAAUGGCUCUAGACAUGCUGCUAUUGAAAGAACAUGGAGUUUGUGGGUAUUUAAAUAAAAGAAUUGAUCACUGCUGCAUCCAUAUCCCAAAUGUAACGGUAGAAGUAGAAAAAGACAUCUCUCAACUAGAAAUAGUCGAAUCUGGAACAAAAGAAAUCGAAAAGGAGGCCCAGCACAAUUGGAUAGGAGCCUUGUUAGAUUCAAUGGGGCUUCAGGUUUCUGGUUGGAUAUCGUCAAUGUUGCAAUAUGUGUUGCUGUUUAUAAUUGUACUAAUAGUUGCUUGGAUAGCAUAUAGAUGUGUUCUAGGAAUAAUAACCAAAGAAACAAGACGAACCCGAAGAUUGGUGAAAGCAAUAGGAAGAAACCACGGAUUUGGAGUUCCCCCGCCCAAAUACGAAGAGGUGGCCCUUCCUAGAAGAACUGAAGCUAGAAGAACUGAAGCUGAAGGUUGAGCAUCCUUGCAGAAGAUCUGAAGAAUGCUCAAAAGGGGGGACUUGUUGCAGAAGUUCGAAAAUUAUUGAAAAAUGUAUUUUAGUUAAUAGAUAGAUGUCUAGAUUAGUGAAACAAUAUGAUAGUUAGCAUGAGUAGCAGUAGUUAUGCUAAGGCCGCAGUAGGCCCGGUAAACUCUAAGUGAACUUUAGUGCAUGGUAGAUCGAGAGAAAAUAUUAUCUAGGGAAUGUACCUAACAUUAUCUAUGGAAUGUACCUUUUGGCUAAGUAACAAAUGUCAUGAUGUACCUAAUAAAUCUCAGUAUACCUCUAAAGAUGCUUAGCGAUGCACAUAGAUCAGAUGAAGCAAUCAUGUUAAGAAAAGUAUAUAAACCCUGUAAAUUUUGUCGCAAGAUGGGGCUCUGACUUUGGACGAAAGUCCUCAGGCUCCCGGGCCCUAAUAAAGCACCGCAUAAAACAACUCCGGUUGUUUUGUGUUUUCUUCGGAUCGGGCAACAGUGGUGCCCUCCGUUUUCAAAGAAGAAGAAGAAGAGGAAGAUGAUCUCUGUUCAAGAGACCCCUCAGCCCCAGGGGGUGAAAUGUGGGGGGGACAGGUGUCCCAAAGGAGAGAGACUACGCUCUUUUUAGAACUAGACAAAGCAUCCUUAAAAGAAAAAACCCCUAGAAGCAGCUCUAGUCCAUGUGCAGUGGUGAGAGCACUUGACAUAGAAAGAAAAAGUCACAAUGACAAAUGUUCUCCGGGCAAUGCCACAAGUGACACAGAAACACAAAAAGUUUCUACUGUUUCCUAGAGAAGUCUGUAGUGCAAGAGAAACUCCUCUCUUCUCGAAAAAUUGAGAAUUGAUUAUCUAAAAAGUAGUGAUAAACUGAGAGUGAGUGAUCUAAAGAGUAGUAACUGAAUUAGAAAUUUAAUUAGAAAAAGAAAAAAAAAUUAGAAAGUUUUCAUCCUGUAUUCUGUGUGUUUCUCUUGUAGUCUUAAGUUAAUAAAGUUUCUUUUUCCUUUCAUUCUUAUGCUGGAGCCUGCUCUGCUCUCUCUCUGAUCACAUCUCACAGUAGAUACCAAAAAAAAAAAACAUUUUCCUGGAGGCACUGGCAUUAUGCCAAACUCAAGCCAUGACAAAAGUGAACCAUGUUAUUCACAAGAAGCCAACCCAUUUCCUGCUUACCUUAGAAUGUUUUUCAGCCUAUUAGCUUGUGCCACACAACGCUGGUAUUACCUCUAUCACCAAUCACUCUUAUUUUCACCCCACAUGGUCCUGCUACAAUGCAUCUUUCACAGGUCUAAUUCUCUGAAAUAUCUGGUCUGUUUGCAAGGCCAUCUUUUGGGACUUGUUGAAACUUGUUUCCAGUUCAAUCUCUCCACAAUGUCAUCUCUGUUCCAUGGCCUUCCUAAGCCAGCACAGCUGAUCUCAGAGUUUGCAUGGACAUGGACAAGGCUGUGUGAGCUUUCUGCCAGGUUUUGGGAAUCCUUUACAAAUCCAUUUCUCACAUCCCUCCCUGGUCACGGUGCUGUUCCCAGGGGGUCCCGCAGCUCCAGGGGGGUCAAAGGGGAGGGGGCAGAACCCCCAGGAUGGCUGGGGGGCACAAAAGGGGGUUCAGGCCUGGUGAUCGGGGGGGUCGGUACAUGAGGGAGGGCCCAGUCCCAGUGCACAGUGAGGGGGGUCAGUGCUGGAGUGGGGGUCGGGGGGACUGAAGGAAGUGUCGGUGUUGUUUUUGGGGGGAUCCCCGCACACCCUGGGGUGGGGUCAGUGCUUAGCAGCGGAACCGCGCCACCCGCAGUCACUGGCCGGGAUCGGGGUGUUGGGGGUGCAUGCAGGGGUUUCCCGGGGACCCCUCCAGCCCUUCAAAUCACAGCUGGGUGUGGAAUACAAAGUUUGUAGGUGGGACGUGGUUGUCCAGGUGUGGUGUCACCUGGUUAUGACAUCACCCACCCACCCAGGUGUGAUGUCAACACCUCACCUCACCAUGACAUCAUCUGCCCACAUCCCCCCUCCUGCCCAAGUGUGACAUGACCGCCACCAGGUGUGACAUCAUCCAGGUGUGUGACCUCCAGGCUCACCUGGGCGUGACAUCACUGUCAUACAGAGAUGUCCCCUCCCUUCCCACCUGUCCAGCCCCUAGGUGUGAUGUCACCAGCUCCACCAGGUGUGACGUCAGCCCCCAAGGUGUGAGGUCACCACGCCUCCCUGGGUGUGUUGGCCCCCAGGUGUGAUGAUGUCACACCUGUGACAUCACCCUGAUUCCCUCCAUGUCCCUGUCCUCCCACAGGUGGCUCUGUGUCUCAUGAAGCUGUCCCUGCACCUGCCCAGGUAUGACAAGUGUCACUCAGGUGUGACAUUACCUGUCCAGGUGUGACAGGUGUCACUCCCUAUCUGUGCCCUGUCCCCCCACAGGUGCCCUUGUGCCUCACACACCUGUCCCUGCACCUGCCCAAGUAUGACAGGUGUUACUCAGGUGUGACAUUACAUGUCCAGGUGUGACAGGUGUCACUCUCUACCUGUGCCCUCUCCCCUGUCCCGUGUCCCUGUCCCCCCACAGGUGCCCCUGUGCCUCACAGACCUGUCCCUGCACCUGCCCAAGUGUGGCAGGUGUCACUCAGGUGUCACAGGUGUGUCUAAAGGUUGGAGAUGGGGGGGUGUGUUCUAUUCCUACCUGACAGGGCAGUUAUCUGCUGUUCAUGGGGCAGUUUUCUUUCUCUCUUCCACAGCCAAUCCUCCCUCCAGGACACAUCUUCUGUUAAUGAGCCAUUAUUAUUAAUUACCUUCUGCUCAUGGGCCAUCGAGGGUCACUGCCUGGCUGAUAAAACCUCCAUCAUCCCAUGGGGAGAUGCUCCGCCCAGGGGGAGGAGCCAAGCAUUCCUACCUGGAGAGAAUCAGAUUUGGAACCCCAGAGGGCCUUUCCCAGAGGAGCAGCUUUCUUCUGCUUUUGGUUUUUGACUUUAUUUUUACUUUUUAAAAUUUUUACUUUAUUUUAUUAUUUUUAUUUUUGAACUUAUUGUUACUAUUUUUAUUCUUAUUUAUAUCUUAUUUUAAUUUUGUUUUUAUAUUGUUUUGAUUUCUAUAAUUUUAUUUUUAUUAUUUUAUUUUUAUUCCUAAUUUUUAUUUUAUUUUUAUUCUUCAUUUUAUUUUUAUCCUUUUAUUUUUAUUUCUAUCAUUUUAUUAUUUAUUAUCUUUAUUUAUUUUUAUCUUGUUUUUAUUCCUGAUUAUAUUUUUAUCCUUAUUGUUAUUUUUAUUCCUAUUUUUACUCCUAUAUUUCUUUAAAUUUUAAUUAUUUUAUUUUAAUUUCCCUAAUAAAGAACUGUUCUUCCUGCUCCCAUAUCUUUGCCCGAGAGCCUUUUAAUUUCAAAUUUAUAACAAUUUGGAGGGAGGGGGUUCACAUUUUCCAUUUUGGGGGUCUCUUGCCUUUCUCAGCACACAUCUGUCUGUUCAAACCAAAACACACCAAAAUACCCCAAAAUUCCAUCCACAUACCGUAACAGACCCUGAAAUUACCCCAAAUCACCCCAAAAAUUGGCCCCAAAAUCCCAUCAGGGACCCUGAAAUUACCACAAAAUUACCCCAAAAUCCAGUCACAGGAACCCUGAAAUCCUAUCAGGGACCCUGAAAUUGCACCAAAAUCCCCCCAAAUUACCACCAAACCCCCCAAAAUAUGAUCAGAGACCCCCAAAAAUUCCAAAAGGAACCCCAAAAUUAUGCCAAAUACCCCAAAAUUCCACCAAAAUCCCAUCAGGGGCCCCCAAAAUCUGGUCAGAGAUCCCAAAAUUACAUCAAAAUACCCCAAAAUCCAGUCAGAGACCCCGAAAUCAAGU